AUGACCCCUCGUCUGGUGUAUAAGUGGUACUAUGUCGUCUACAAUGUCUCCUUUGUGGUUGGUCUCAUUGGAUACAUCAUCAUUUUAUUUGUUUUCUUUGGACUUGCCGAACUUUUCAAUGCUUAUUCAGGGCUUAUUGAAUUCGGGGUUUUACUCCUCUGUUACGGUCUUUAUUUUGGUGUUCUGGGUAGAGAUUUUGUGGAAAUUUGUACAGACAGAAUGGCUGCAACGAUUGGAUAUUACUCAAAGGAUGGCUUGCCCAACAAAUAUUUGGGCGAAGGUGUCUGUGCUGUCUGUGGACAUGCAACAUCGGCAAACACAAUGGCUUUAAACCAUGAGGACCCGGCUCAACGGCCCAUGUUCCUCGGUGAUCCAGUACAUCGACUCAGUUGCAAGCAUGUAUUUCAUGAAAAAUGUAUACGAGGUUGGGUAUUGGUGGGCAAAAAAGAUAUUUGUCCUUAUUGUAAAGAGAAAGUCGACCUGAAAGAUUUCAAAAAGAACCCAUGGGAUACACAACAGCAAUUGUAUUUGAAUUUGUUGGACGGUGUUCGUUAUCUCGUUGUCUGGCAGCCGGUAAGUUUCAGUGAAAAGCAUAAGAUGUACCUCAGAAUUGCUUCUUCAAUAUUGACGUUUGCCUAUUAG